ACACUACAUGAUAUUAUAUUUGUUCCACAGAGUUCAGGGAUCAGAGGCUCCCAUUGGUCAGUCUGCCCAGCAGCAUCAAACACAGCUGGACUCCAUAUUGAUGCUGCUCCAGGAGAACAUCAUCACUUUUGUACAGACCGAGCUGAAGGAGAUCCAGAGAGCUCUGAGUCCAGAUUACCCAGAAUUCUUAGAGAGUCAGAGGGAGGAUGAGGAUAAAGAGCAGAGGAGGAGCAGAGAGGCCUUUCUGGAGAUCACUCUGCACUUCCUGAGGAGGAUGAAUCAGGAGGAGCUGGCUGACCGACUGCACAGCAGAAAUGUUCCUGCUGCAGAGUGCAGACGUAAACUGAAGUCUGACCUGAAGGGGAAGUUCCAGUGUGUGUUUGAGGGGAUCGCUAAAGCAGGAAAUCCAACCCUCCUGAAUCAGAUCUAUACAGAGCUCUACAUCACAGAGGGAGGGACUGAAGAGGUCAAUGAUGAACAUGAGGUCAGACAGAUUGAAGCAGCAUCCAGGACACCACACAGACCAGAGACCACCAUCAGACAAGAAGACAUCUUUAAAGGCUCACCUGGAAGAGAUCAACCAAUCAGAGCCGUGCUGACAAAGGGAGUGGCUGGCAUCGGGAAAACAGUCUUAACACAGAAGUUUACUCUGGACUGGGCUGAAGACAAAGCCAACCAGGACAUCCAGUUCACAUUCCCCUUCACUUUCAGAGAGCUGAAUGUGCUGAGAGAGAGAAAGUUCAGCUUGGUGGAACUCGUUCAUCACUUCUUUACUCAACCCAGAGAAGCAGGACUCUGCAGGUUUGAAGAGUUCCAGGUUGUGUUCAUCUUUGACGGUCUGGAUGAGUGUCGACUUCCUCUGGACUUCCACAACAAUCAGAUCCUGACUGAUGUUACAGAGUCCACCUCAGUGGAUGUGCUACUGACAAACCUCAUCAGGGGGAACCUGCUUCCCUCUGCUCGUCUCUGGAUAACCACACGACCUGCAGCGGCCAAUCAGAUCCCUCCUGAGUGUGUUGACAUGGUGACAGAGGUCAGAGGGUUCACUGACCCUCAGAAGGAGGAGUACUUCAGGAAGAGGUUCAGAGACCAGGAGCAGGCCAGCAGAAUCAUCUCCCACAUCAAGACAUCCAGAAGCCUCCACAUCAUGUGCCACAUCCCGGUCUUCUGCUGGAUCACUACUACAGUUCUGGAGGAUGUGCUGAAGAACAGAGAGGGAGGAGAGCUGCCCAGAACCCUGACUGAGAUGUACAUCCACUUCCUGGUGGUUCAGUCCAAACUGAAGACCAUCAAGUAUGAUGGAGGAGCUGAGACUGAUCCACUCUGGAGUCCAAAGACCAGGAAGAUGAUCCAGUCUCUGGGAAAACUGGCUUUUGAGCAGCUGCAGAAAGGAAACCUGAUCUUCUAUGAGUCCGACCUGACAAAGUGUGGCAUCAAGAUCAAGGAAGCCUCAGUGUACUCAGGAGUGUUCACACAGAUCUUCAGAGAGGAGAGAGGACUGUACCAGGACAAGGUGUUCUGCUUCAUCCAUCUGAGCGUUCAGGAGUUUCUGGCUGCUCUUCAUGUCCAUCUGACCUUCACCAACUCUGGACUCAACCUGAUGGAAGAAGAACAACCAACGCCCCCGAUCUCUAAAAUCUUUAGAGACAAAACUAAACUGAAACAUCUCCAUCAGAGUGCUCUGGACCAUGCCUUACAGAGCCCGAACGGACAUCUGGACUUGUUCAUCCGCUUCCUCCUGGGUCUUUCAUUGCAGACAAAUCGGAGUCUUCUGAGAGGUCUGCUGACACAGACAAGAAGAAGCUCAAAGACCCAUCAGGACACAGUCCAAUAUAUCAGGAAGAAGAUCAGUGAGGAUCUUUCUACAGAGAGAAGCAUCAACCUGUUCCACUGUCUGAAUGAACUGAAUGAUCAAUCUCUAGUGGAGGAGAUCCAACAGUCUCUGGGGUCAGUACGUCUCUCCACAGAUAAACUGUCUCCUGCUCAGUGGUCAGCUCUGGUCUUCAUCUUACUGUCCUCAGAGAAAGAUCUGGAUGUGUUUGACCUGAAGAAAUACUCUGCUUCAGAGAAGGCUCUUCUGAGGCUGCUGCCAGUGAUCAGAGCCUCCAACAAAGCUCUGCUCAGUAGAUGUAACCUGUCAGAGAGAAGCUGUGAAGCUCUGUCCUCAGUCCUCAUAUCCCAGUCCUCCAGUCUGAGAGAGCUGGACCUGAGUAACAACAACCUGCAGGAUUCAGGAGUGAAGCAGCUGUCUGCUGGACUGAAGAGUCCACAUUGUAAACUGGAAACUCUCAGGUUAACUGGAUGUAAUAUCUCAAAGAGUAGCUGUGAAGCUCUGUCCUCAGUCCUCAGCUUCCAGUCCUCCAGUCUGAGAGAGCUGGACCUGAGUAACAACGACCUGCAUGAUUCAGGAGUGAAGCAGCUGUCUGGUGGACUGAAGAGUCCACAUUGUAAACUGGAAACUCUCAGACUGUCAGGAUGUGUGAUCACAGAGCAAGGUUGUGCCUAUCUGGCCUCAUCUCUGCGCUCCAACCCCUUCCACCUCAGAGAGCUGGACCUGAGCUACAACCAUCCAGGAGACUCAGGAGUGAAGCUGCUUUCUGGGGAGCUGAAGUGCAGGAAACUGGAAACUCUCAGGGUGGACCAUGGUGGAGAGCAGAGGUUAAAGCCUGGACUGACAAAGUAUGUCUGUGAACUCACACUGGACUCAAACACAGCUCACAGACGGCUCAGACUGUCUGAAGACAACAGGAAGGUGAAACGUCUGAUAGAGGACCAGCCAUAUCCUGAUCAUCCAGACAGAUUUGACUCCUGUCAUCAGCUUCUGUGUAGAGAUGGUCUGACUGGUUGCUGUUACUGGGAGGUCGAAUUGAGAGGAUGGGUUUAUAUAUCAGUGAGUUACAGAGGAAUCAGAAGGAAAGGAGACAGUGACAACUGUGUGUUUGGAUGUAAUGAUCAGUCCUGGAGUCUGAGCUGCACUGAUGGUGGUUACUCUGUCCUUCACAAUAACAGAGAAAAUGUCCUCCGUCUCUCCUCGUCCUGUGACUCUCAAAGAGUAGCAGUGUAUGUAGACUAUCCUGCUGGCACUCUUACCUUCUACAGAGUCUCCUCUGACGCACUGAUCCACCUCCACACCUUCAGCACUACCUUCACUGAACCUCUGUAUCCUGGGUUCAGGUUGUGGUCUUCUGGUUCCUCAGUGUGUCUGUCUUCUGUGUAGCAGGGGGAGUCUCCCCCUCUCUACACAAACACUACAAACACAAACAACUACUGAAGAACAGCUUACUCAACUUCCGGUUCAGUAAAGUGGUGAUUGGACAUUUGUAAUUUGCUUCCUGAUAUUUAUCUUUUUUUUUGCAACCUACAUUGAGAUGUUGAUUACAUUUUUACUUGUUAAGCCAUAAGAAGCUUCCCGGA